AUGGCCAACAGCGAGAGUACGGAAGAAGACUUGACCAAAUCUUUCAACCAUCGAGAAAGUCCCGAAGCUGCCACAUCACCUAUUGAGAUCGCUCGCAUACGGUCGAAGAUUGAGGAGAUUGGAUCAGCCUACAAUACGCUUGAGCAAAACAUCUACAGGGUCUCACAGGCUCGACCACAUGAUACAAGACGCCACGUUGAAGCACUCGAGAUGCGCUUCCGUUCACAUGUUGCGGCCGCGGAGAAACGCCAGAGCGAGCUCGAGGCGAUGAACGGCGAUCUCGAGCAACGUCUCGCCGAAUCUGAACUGUGCAAUAGCCGACUGAAGCAGCGCAUGAACGAUCUGGAAAUCAUUGUCAAGAGGUCACUACCGUCCUCAGACGAUGUGCAAACCACUGCUGCAGAGCAUAAACGACUUCGGGAGUAUAGCCCUGGGUAUCACCCUGCAAGACCCAAAUCAGAGCCAUUUGUGCGUAAGAAGUCUUCCGACGGAGAGAACCAGGGUUCGCCAUUGCAUGAUCAUUCCCAAUUCGAUCAGUCGUCGAUAUUGGACCAGAAUUCUGCCGCGCUGGACCUCACGAUGUCUGACGUUGCCAAUCACAAUAGCAAGUUUUCACCUUUGCGUCGCACAAGCCGACCGCACAAGAUUGUCAAACGUGAAAACUUUGAGUCGUGGAAGGGCAAAGGGUUGGCCGGGGCUCCGCGCAAGCACUGA